AUAGACAGAGGAUAGAGUGAGAAAAAACAUGAUGGCUCUUCGUAGACUCUCUUCUUCGUGCCUUAAGAAGCCCAUCUUCUUCUUAUCUAAUGGCCGUUCUAUGUCUUCUUUGUCUACUUCGGCUAUGGCGGUUUCGGAUCGUUCCAGUUUAGAGAUGACUAAGCUUUGUGAGAUGGUUGAAGAAUACGCUAAACAGUUCCAAGCUAUGGGGUUUGAGAAAGAGACUAUGCAAUUCAAAGAGUAGCUUUCAUUCAUCAAUUUGAAAAUCGACAUACGUUUUCACAAAGCAUUCACAAUGGUUCCAAAGAGAUACAAUGAAGUUCUUGAUUGUAAUAAUUUCAUUUGCUACCUUUAUUUUGCUUUUCUUUUCCUACAUUUACUCUUUUACUUUUCAGAUAUGAGAAUAAAAGUGUUUGUACUUUAUAAGUGCAAAACUACACCUACAUGUGAAAAUGAAAGAAAGUAUCAAC